AUGGCCGACAUCACAGACCAGCACGACCAGACCUCUCCCACUGAGCUCGACGACUCACAGAACGUUGGCAAUGGCAACGCCACUGAGUCUCGCGGCAUCAAGCGCCAGCGUCCUUCAGCUGGCGACGACGACGACGAUGACGACGAGAAGGGCAGUCGCGAGCGUCGCAAGAUUGAGAUCAAGUUCAUCAGCGACAAAUCUCGCCGACACAUUACGUUCUCCAAGCGCAAGGCUGGAAUCAUGAAGAAGGCCUACGAACUCUCCGUCCUCACAGGCACCCAGGUUCUACUUCUCGUAGUUUCAGAAACCGGUCUCGUUUACACCUUCACCACACCCAAGCUGCAGCCCCUCGUUACCAAGUCUGAGGGCAAGAAUUUGAUCCAGGCUUGUCUCAAUGCUCCUGAGCCCACUCCAGGCAAUGAGAAUGGCGUCGAUGGCGGCGACCAAGUCGAGUCUCCAGAAGAACCACCUAACCAGCACCUCCCUCCUCAGGGCAAUCGACCUGGCAUGCCUCAAAACCCUCACAUGUCUAAUAACUACAUGCCUAACAUGCCCAUGGAUCCUCAGCAGGCUCUGGCUUAUCAGAGCUACGUACAACGGAAUCAGGCUUAUGGCUCUGGCAUACCUCCUCAACCAGGUAUGCCUGCUAACAGCCAUCACCAGUCAUAA